AUGCAUUUUUCCACGUCCGCUGCCUUAUUAGGCUUGGCUUUGCCUACGGCACUGGCUCUUUGUCCUUAUGCUGAACAGAUGAAGGUUGACAAGCGAAAUACGCUACCUCCUCACCCAGUCUCACCGCGCGGUUUACCCACCUCGGAUAAGAAGGGCAUCUUUUACAUGAACCGUAUCGCUCCUGGUACUUCUGAGCUCUAUGUUGCCAAUGUGGACGGUACCAAUGAACGACCUUUACUCUCUGACUCUAUCUACGAAUACCAUGCAUCCUUCUCCCCCGAUGGAGAAUGGAUCACCUUCACCGCAGAGCGCAACGGCGACGGCAACUCUGAUAUCUACCGUGUCCGAACUAACGGAUCUGAUAUGGAGGAGCUAGUGGCGACAUCCUCUGUGGAAGAUGGAGCUGUCAUGUCCCCCAAUGGCAAGCAAGUCGCCUAUGUAUCCACUGCCAAUGGGUACAAGGCCAACAUCUGGGUCUUGGAUUUGGAGAGCGGCAAGAAAUGGAACCUGACCGACACUGCUUCGACUGCCGCCAAUGCUUCUCUACCUGACGGAUACUUCCGUCCCUCGUGGUCCCCAGACGGCCAAUGGAUUGCCUUCUCAUCGGACCGCAACUCUGGAUGGUACGGACAUGGAGAUCCAACGUUCCUGGGUGUGACAGGAUGGGAACAUACACAAGAGCUCUCCAUUUACGCCAUUCGACCCAAUGGAUCUGAUUUCCGUCGCGUUGUCUCAAAGUCAGGCUACUCUCUCGGUUCACCGAAGUGGUCUCCCAGCGGCAAACGUAUCCUCUUCUAUGAGAUGACCCGUGAAAACACCUGGAACUCUCACCGUCCCGAGUCCAUCGACUCUGCCAACUCCACCCUAGUCUCCGUAGACUUUGCUACAGGCGCUGGUCGUCGUGUCGAAGUCGAGGGAUCUGGUGUUAAAAUUUUCCCUCAAUACCUCUCCGAGAGCACAGUUGCCUACUUCGCCAAAGGUGCUGGUAAAGAAGGUCUCCACACAAGCAGUGGUGGAUUUGUGAACACCUCGAGCGUUACUAUUCGGUCCCCUGCUUGGUCUGCUGAUGGCAAGAAGGUCGUCUACGAGAAGACCACCUGGUCUGUUCGUCCAAUGGACAAGAAGCUUUACAGCUGGGACACUGAGUGGGAGUACCGCUUCACCGAUGUCUUCCCUCAACUGUCCAACACAAACAUGAUUGCCAUGACUGAAAAGCAGCUGGGCAACUCCUCCAUCGUCUCGCUGAAUGCCAACGGUACCGACGAACACCUCGUCUACAACGAUAUGACCUCCGACUUCCUAGAUGCAUCCUCAAUUGCCAUGGGCACAGCAGGUGCCUUCAACCCUGCGUGGUCCCCCGACGGCAACUGGCUCACCUUCGGCGUUGGCUUCUGGUUCCAAGGUCGAGCCACCGGUGGAGGCUGGUUGGUUCGCGCCACCGCAAAUGGUACAUACUCAGAAGUAUUGCUAGACAGCCAAACAACCCUAGAGAGCAACAAUAGCGUCAUCAACCACGGAUUCCCCAGCUUCUCUCACGAUGGCAAGAAGAUCGUUUACCGCAUUUGGGGAACAAACUCGACCUUGGGCGACAAGUCCCAGCUCGGUCUCCGCCUGCUUGAUCUCGAAACCGGCAAGGUCUCCGUCCUUACCACAGAGUGGGAUAAUCUACCAUUCUUCUCCCCAGACGGCAAGAGAAUCGUCUUCACCCGCAAGACUAGCUCUUACAACUACGAUAUCUGCACCAUGGCAUCCGAUGGCUCAGAUAUCAAGGUUCUGACCAGCAGUGGUGCUAACGAUGCCCACGCUGUUUGGACUUGGGAUGGUCGCAUUGCCUACUCUACUGGCAUGUUUGGCUUCCAGUAUGAGUGUGCGCUCUACGAUCAGACUUUCCAGCCUUACGGUCAGGUUGUUGUCAUGGAUGCUGAUGGGUCGAAUAAGCGUGUGCUUACCGAUUCUAUUUGGGAGGAUUCUAUGCCGAUGUAUGUGCCCAAUGAUAAGCUCCAUGGGUUUCAAAAGACGGCUAGACGGGAUCCUGGUGAUCGGUUCUGA